AUGUCGGUCACGCUCCACACGAAUUUGGGCGACAUCAAGUGCGAAAUCUUCUGCGACGAGGUUCCUAAGACUGCUGAGAACUUCCUGGCACUAUGUGCGAAUGGCUAUUACGAUGGAACCAUAUUUCAUCAGAAUAUCAAAGGCUUCAUGAUUCAAGGUGGUGACCCAACUAACACUGGCAAGGGCGGGACAAGCAUAUGGGGUAAAAAGUUCAAUGACGAGAUAAGAGAGUCUCUUAAGCACAAUGCUAGAGUGAUUCAUGGUUUUGAAAUUCUCGACAUAAUGGAAAAGGCUCAAACAGGACCUGGGGAUCGGCCUCUGAUGGAGAUCAGGGUUAACCGUGUGACGAUACAUGCUAACCCACUUGCCGGUUAA